UUGUAACCUUGUAUUUUUAACUUUAAUCUACGUUUCUACAUACGAAAAAGUGCAUUAACAUUACCACGUUUGGAACAUCACUAGAUGGAAGGUCGAGAAACACGCAAGUUCUAUUUAAUGCGUCAUGGUGAACGCUUAGACUACGUUUUCGGUGACUGGAUGUCCCAAUGUUUCGACAAACACGGCGAUUAUUUCCCGACAAAUCUAAACAUGCCUGACACUGUACCUAAACGUCCCCAAGGACAUCAUGUUCAUAUCCACGACCCCCCUUUAACAAAAACCGGCAUUUUUCAAGCACAACUAACCGGAGAAGCGUUCAAAAAAGCGCAACUCGACGUUUCUCACGUUUAUUGCUCACCAUCACUACGUUGCAUUCAAACGUGUGAUGCUUUUCUCAAAGGGUGUAGCAAAAAGAGCGAAAUUAAAAUCAGGGUGGAACCAGGACUCUAUGAAUGGUGGGUGUUGUUUGGUGACCGUUUACCUGAUUGGUUAACGCCGAAAGAGCUGUAAGCGGAGGGUUGUAACAUGGACUUGGAGUAAAAACCAAUAGGUUUGUAAUCCAGGUCCAUGUCUAUAGAUACAAUACAGUAGUAUCUAUAGAUGAAUUAGGCGGCAGAAAAUAAACCUUUGCCGAGUACAGUUCUAAAUGCUUGGUGGUUAGUACAGAGGUAGUAUAACAAGUAACGUGUUAGCAGUUCCGUAUUGCGGUGUUAUAGUAGUUCGUCAGAUGGAGAUAAGUGGGACAAGAAUGGGCGACAUUUUUGCAGCUCAGCCACACAGCUAAUGCAACUUUUGAUUAUAAUCGGCUGUCAUAAUAAUUAGCUUGGUUAUUGGGACACCUUUAUAUUUUUUGUUUACGUAAGUGGUUCAUUAAAUACGAAAUAUAGACAUAAUAAAAAUGUCAUCGAUAUCUAUAUAUUUUAACGUUUUUAACCUUGCACUUUUAACAUUAAAAGCUUGUUGUACUUAUGAAAAAGGCCAUUCAAUUUAGCACGUCCAAAGGGAUAUUACAAGAUGGAAGUAAGUUAACCAACACGUUAAAAAAAAUAGAUAAUGGGUUUACUUGAGAAAUUUUGGAAUUAUUCUAUCCGCACUUAUUACCACAAUAAUUUUUCUAGGGUCAAGAAACACGUAAGCUUUAUAUAAUGCGUUAUGGUGAACGCGCAGAUAACGCUUUUGGUGACUGGACAUCCCAUUGUUUCGAUAAAAACGGCAAUUAUUUUCAAAUGGAUCUAAAUAUGCCCGAAACUGUACCUAAACGUUCUGGAGGAUAUAAUGCUUACUUGAAGGACUCCCCUUUAACAAAAAUCGGCAUUUUUCAAGCUCAGCUCACUAGUGAAGCUUUCAAAAAAGCGCAAAUCAACGUUUCUCACGUGUAUUGUUCACCAUCACUACGCUGUAUUCAAACUUGUCAUGCGUUUUUGGAAGGUUGUGGCAAAAACGACCUUAAAAUUAAAAUAGAACCAGGACUUUAUGUAUGGUGGGCGUUUUUUGGUGACAAUUUACCUAAAUGGUUAACGCCAGAAGAACUGACAACCUGGGGUUAUAAUAUCGACUUAGAAUACCAACCUAUUAUAUCUAUAGAUGCAUUAGGUGGUAAAAAGGAAACCUAUGCUGAGUAUUGUUCUAGAAGUUUAGUCGUUAGUACAGAGGCAAUGAAUGCACAUUCGCAAGGUAAUGUGUUAUUUGUGGCACAUGGAUGUACUGUAGCAGUGUGUUCGUGGGAGCUAACAGGAAAAAAAACUGAAUUAACACAGGAAACACUAGAUGUUGAAGUGGAAGUUCCUUAUUGCGGUUUUAUAGAAGUUAGUCAGUGUGGUGAUAAGUGGAAGAAAGGGCGACCAUUUCUGCGUCUCAGCCACACAUCUAACGCAGUUUUUGAUUACAGUCGGCUGUUUUAAUAAUUAAGAUUUCACUAUCGCAAUUACAGGACAUCCAACUCCAAAACCAAAACCGAAAAUUGUGAUGUAGUUUUAUUAUAACAAGGGGGUCUUCAUAUUGUCUAGUGCGAUUAUUAUCAACACGAGUGUCGCAAUUUCUACCACACAAUUAUAUCAUUAGUUUAAAUAGUUCAUUAAACACAAGGUGAUAAGAAUUUUUUUUUGUUUGUUUGCAAGCUUUGUAACCUUGUAUUUUUAACUUUAAUCUACGUUUCUACAUACGAAAAAGUGCAUUAACAUUACCACGUUAGGAACCUCAUAAGAUGGAAGGUCGAGAAGCACGCAAGUUCUAUUUAAUGCGUCAUGGUGAACGCUUAGACUACGUUUUCGGUGACUGGAUGGCCCAAUGUUUCGACAGAUGCGGCGAUUAUUUGCCGACAAAUCUAAACAUGCCUGACACUGUACCUAAACGUCCCCAAGGACAUCAUGUUUACGCACACGACCCCCCUUUAACAAAAACCGGCAUUUUUCAAGCACAAAUCACCGGAGAAGCGUUCAAAAAAGCGCAACUCGACGUUUCUCACGUUUAUUGCUCACCAUCACUACGUUGCAUUCAAACGUGUGAUGCUUUUCUCAAAGGGUGUGGAAAAAACAGCGAAAUUAAAUUAAGGGUGGAACCAGGACUCUAUGAAUGGUGGGUGUUGUUUGGCGACUGUUUGCCUGAUUGGUUAACGCCGAAAGAGCUGGCAGCGGAGGGUUAUAAUAUGGACCUGGAGUACAAACCUAUUGUAUCUAUAGAUGAAUUAGGCGCCAAAAAAGAAACCUUUGCCGAGUACUGUUCUAGAUGUUUGGUGGUUAGUACAGAGGCAGUAAAUGCACAUGCUAAUUGUAAUGUGUUGUUUGUGGCCCAUGCAGGUGCUUUAGCGGUGUGUUCGUGGGAAAUAACAGGCAAAAAAUCAAAGCCACUGGAUGAAGCAAAAGAUGAUGUGACCGCAAUUCCUUACUGCGGUUUCAUGGAAGUUCGUCAGACUGGAGAUAAAUGGGAGAAGAAUGGGUCACCUUUUUUGCAGUUCAGUCACACAUCUAAUGCAGUUUUUGAUUACAAUCGGCUGUUGUAAUAAUUAAUGACUUCACAGUUCUAAAACCAAUAAUAAAUCCACCAAAAUUUAAAACUCUCAUUUAGUUUUAUCACAAAUGUGGGGAAUAUCAAAUAAAGUGGAAUUAUUCACACAACUAUUACUUUAAAUCCUUGAUUAAAUGCGCAGCGAUAAGACUGUUGUUUUAUCUAUUUUCGUGCUAUGUAACCUUGCACUCCUAGUUGUAAUGUAAUUCAUUUUGGUAGUUGUUUCUAAGUACAAAAAGCGCACGAAUAUUAUCAGUAUCACCUCUAUAACAAAAUCAGAAUAUGGGCCCCCUUUAUAUAAUGCGUCAUGGUGAACGCCUAGACUACGCCUUUGGCGACUGGAUAUCUCAAUGUUUCGACAAAAACGGCAACUAUUGCCCGACAAAUCUAAAUAUGCCUGACAGUGUACCUAAACGUUCCCAAGGGCCUAGUGCUUACAUAAAAGACUCCCCGUUAACCAAAAUGGGCAUUUUUCAAGCACAACUCACUGGUGAAGCGUUCGUAAAAGAGCAUCUUGAAGUUUCUGACGUUUACUGUUCACCUUCACUACGUUGUAUUCAAACGUGUGAUGCGUUUCUCAAAGGUUGUAACAAAAACAACGAAAUUAAAAUUAAGGUGGAACCUGGACUGUUUGAGUGGUGGGCUUUUCAUACCAACGCGUUACCUAUCUGGCUGACGCCUGAAGAGAUGGUAGAAUAUGGCUAUAAUAUAGAUCUAAACUAUAAACCAUAUGGAUCUUACAAAAUACCCAGCGAGGAAGAAACGUGUGAUGCAUAUUAUUCUCGAAGCUUUUCACUAACUUUAGACUUAUUAAGGACGCAUCCAGAAGGUAAUAUAUUGUUUGUGGGACACGCCACUACUUUGGAAGCUUGUACGCGGCAGCUACUUGGACAAAAACCUAGGAAUAUAUGGAACAUGAAAAAUAUUAUAAAAUCCAUUCCUUACUGCGCUAUUAUAGAUGUUAAUAAAACAAAAAGUGGUGAGUGGGAAAUGAAGCCAUCCUUGCAUCAACUUACCCACACCUCUAAUCUAGUAUUUGAUUAUGAUCGAUUAUUGUAAUUGGGUAUAUGUAUUUUUCUGUAAAAAGUACCUUGUAAAUUUAUAAAAAUAUACACUUGUGCCUA